AUGGAGAUGGAGGAGGAACUGGUGGUGAGAGGGAGGGUGGAGAUCGAUAUGCGGCGACCGUUUAAGUCGGUUAAAGAAGCUGUCAUGUUGUUCGGAGAAAAAGUCUUGGCCGGAGAAGUCUAUGCCGGACAGAAACUCAAACAGACGGAGACCGUAGAAAGGGAAAACAACCAUCAAUACCGAACUAAAGUUGGCGCGAUAGCAGCCGAGCUCGAAGAGACUAAACAAACCCUUGAAAGAGCGAAAGAAGAGGACACAUGCAUGGCUUACUAUCUCGCAUCGCUCAAACAAGAGCUUGAAGAGACUAAAUCCGAGCUGAAACAAUUGAAGUCGAGAAGAGAUAGAGAACCUGAUCAUCCGAAACAAUCUCCGCCUGUCGUUAAGGAGAUAGAAGAGAUCAAAUUCACGGGAAAUCCAAUCAGAGUUGGAGUAAAUCACCCCGAAAGCGACGAUGAACUAUUCGGUUUGGAAAAGAAGAGAUCCGUGAAGUUUGCUAGUCCUCCUUCUCUAACCAAAGUGAUGGUUGAAGCACCCAAAAUGCAAGAAACAAGCCCAUCUUCACUCAAGAAGAAAACCCUAAAAAAACCUCUAAUUCCUUCACUUGGUGGGAUUUUCUCCAAAAAGAAAUCUAAAUCUUUAAAAUGA